AAAAAAAAAAUUAUUGACGGUCAAUUAAAACAUGAUAUCGCCACCAGUACGCAAUACGUCCAAACAUUCCCCAAAAUAUUUGCAACGAAAGGUCAAGAUCAGACGUUACGGAAUUUGAGUACUACCAAUGCAUAUCAAAACCAACAUUUCUUAACGUUUACGAGGCGGCCGUUAAAUGUUACCCGUAGAAGAUGCACGUUUUGAAUUUCUAAUAAGCUUCGUUGGUGCUCACUAACCAACUACUGUUUGUUCCAAUGACAAUGAUUAAUGACGAGUAUUGAAAAAGUAAAAAAAAAGUCAAGACCUAUAAAUUGAUAUGAACUGGAGCAAUGAAAUCAUACCACUCUUAACCUUCUCUUGGAUCAUUUCAGUCCGAAAAAAAAACUCAAAAUUAACCAACAUGUUCAAAUACACCGUUGUCAUCUUUGCUGUCAUCGCUUGCGCAGUUGCAAAGCCAGCACCAGGACUUCUUGCUGCACCACUUGCAUACUCUGCUCCAUUGGUUGCUGCCGCUCCAGGAGUUGUCACUGCCACCAGCAGCCAAGUAAUUGCAAGGAAUUACAAUGGAAUUGCUACUGCACCAGUUUUCGCUGCUCCUGUUGCCAAAUAUGUUGCUGCCCCGGUUGCUGCUCCCUUAGCUGCUGCACCUCUUCCUUUGGCUGCUGCACCAUUGGCUGCUAAAUAUGUAGCAUCUCCAUAUGCUGCUCCAUUGGCAUACUCAGCUCCUUUCGGUUACGCUGCUUCAUAUGGAUAUGCGUCUCCAUUGAACUACGCUUCAGCUCCUCUUCUGUUCUAAGAAGGGAAGAAUGAUAACGGAAAUAAAUGAUCA